AUGGCCGCGUGGGGCGAACUGUUCGAUCUCCAAGUUACUCCUCGGGAUCUGCCGGUAGAGAAGAAAAUCCCGAGCAAAUGUACCAUCCAACGUCGUGAUCCUGGAGCUUGUUCGAUACAGGCUGCUCAUUACACGCUCCUGCGGAAUAUCAAGUUUGAAAAAGCUCUGGUGCUUCAGGAGGACCGGCCAGUCAAGGUCACCUUGACUUUGUCGCCGCACCCAGGGUCCAAGGAAGCCUGGUACGACUUCCGUGUACUCUCUCACCAGGAUGACGCCCCCGUAAAUGACCACUGCCAUGGACUUAUUCGGAUCGAGUCGACUGAGAAAAUGAAAAAGGGCUCUCAUGCAGACCUUGGGCUGCUGCGCAACCCGACCAAGGCAGCCAUUUGGUACAAGGCACUGGCAGAUGCUGGCUGCGGAUUUGGUCCUGCUUUCAUUAAACACCUCGAGAGUGAGUCCGUUGCAGGUGAGCGCCGCAGUAGAUCCUAUCUGUCACUCACGGAGCCGGAGUCCAAGUGGAGCCCGCAAUCUCUGCAUCCUAUGCAUCCAGCAUGCAUGGAUGGGUGCUUUCAGACCGUGACUCCAUCGGCCGUUGCCGGCAUUCGAAGCAGCAUUCGCGGGAUUCUCGUGCCCGCUAUCAUCGACGACUUGAUCAUAAAUCCUGUCCACAACCGCCCUGAAACUGGUCUGUCCUGCACCACCUCCGAGUACGUGGGCAAAGGCCGUCUGGACGACAACAAGAACUAUAUGUCGGGGUGCACCGUCUACGACCCCGAAACCGGAGCGCUGCUACUUAAGCUUACCGGCCUGCGUUAUAACUGA